AUGCUCAGCGCUGAGCGGCGCAGCUCCGACGAUCAGAAUGCUCGGUGGUAUGCACCACAUGACGACCACAUCCUGCUGCAGCGGAUUCGCGCGCAAGGCAAGCCCAGUGCUGCGGAUAUCGACUUUGAUCAGCUCGUGACACCUGACUGGCAGUGGCCGAUGUAUGUGAUCAAGAAGCAUUGGAUCGUCAUGCUCCGUAAGCGUGUGCCACCUGACUUUCAUGGCUCAUUCGCCGAGCUGCUAGAUCUGCUAAGUCGGCACGUCCCAUCGCCCGAGGAGUACAAGAUGCUCGCAUCGGGCCGUCGACCGGCGUCCAAUUCCAAUUCGACUGCCAAUGCGCUUGCGAAUGUGCGAAAAGAUGUGCAGUCGCCGGCGUCUACGCUUGACGAUGCCUCGGGGACUGUGCCGCAUCUUGUCGCAUCCACGCCGUCGGCGCCGUUGGGUCCUUCCGGUCAAGCUCCAACGCCACCGCCGCCAGCACCGCCACCAGCGCCUCCUUCUCCGCCAUAG